GAGUCUGGCGAUGACGAGUACCGUGGGGACCAGUCGGACAGCGAUGACGAGGUGGACUCGGACUUCGACAUCGAUGAGGGGGAUGAGCCUGGCAGUGAGCAGGAUGAGGAUGAGCCACGGCGGCGCCGACGCGUCCUCACCAAGGCCUACCGGGAGCCUCUGAAAAGCCUUCGCCCCAAGAAGGAUGUGUCUCGAGGUGGCUCCCAGAAACCACGGGAGGUGAAAUCCAUCCCCCUGGAGCUGCAGGAGGAUGUGGGAGACAGCCGGAAGCACAUGCGGCAGUCGACGACGGAGCACACGCGACAGACGUUUUUGCGGCUGCAGGAGCGGCAGGUGCAGUCCAAGAGGAAGAAGGGAGGCCCCAACUACGACCGACCCCUGACCCAGGAGGAGCUGCUGGAAGAGGCCAAAAUCACGGAGGAGAUCAACCUGCGCUCCCUGGAGAACUAUGAGCGCCUGGAAGCUGACAAGAAGAAGCAGGUGCAGAAGAAAAGGAAGUGUGUGGGGCCUGUGAUCCGGUACUGGUCCGUCACAAUGCCACUGGUGCCAGAGCCUGGCAAGGAGGAGAAUGUGGAUGUGGAGGGGCUGGACCAAGACCCCCAACAAGCUGAUGCUACUCCUGCCCCGGCUUCAUCUGGGAAGUGCUCCCGUACCUUCAUCUCCUUCAGUGAUGACGAAACCUUCGAGCGUUUCUUCCCCAAAUCCAAGCCCCCUCGGCUGCCAGUGCGGGAGCUAUGCCCUGUGACCCACAGGCCAGCCCGGAUCAUCCGCGAGGCCUAUAAGAAAUACAUCACUGCCCAUGGCCUGCCCAGUGCUGCCUCAGCCACUCUGGGAGUUCCCACACCCCCUGGCCCCGACCCCAGUGUCCGGCCCACGCGCCAGAAGAUUGUCAUCAAGCAGAGUGUCCCCACGGCCUGA